GGCUUUCGGUGGAAGUGGCGGAUGUGUAGCUGCUUGUCUUGUCUGGUCUACUAUCCAGCCGAGCUUUCGCUUUUCCUCUGGUAAACUCAGUGAUUAUGGCAACGUUUUUCGGUGAAGUGCUGUCGGUGUAUUCUCGGGCCGUGGAUGAAGAUGAAGAGGAGCUCGAUGAAGAUGAAGAAGAUGGAGAAAUCCGCAGAGAGCUGGAGGAAAAGAGGACGGUUAAUCUGCACUGGAGCCCUGAAGUCUCUGAGUCACUGAAGUCCGGAAACAAGUUGCAAUGUUCCGACUUCAUCCUCGCUGUGGGACACAACGCUGCCAGGUUUCUGUCAGUGUACGUUCUCACCUCUGAAAACUGGGACGCGGUGGGACAUGCAUCAGUGUGGAACGAGAGGAGCCGGGCAGGAACUGGGAUAAGCAGCGAGGAGGAGACAGCAUGUGCUUUCUACAGACACAAGGACAACCCAUCAGUUUUGAUAUGCCAAGCGACUUGCUACAUUGCAGAAGACCAGCUCUUUCAGUGGACAGAAAAGGUUUUCAACUGUUUGCAGCACAGAGACCUGAAUGUGACUGUGCUGUCCGACAGCUCUGUGCCUGAGUACAAGACAGCAGACUAUCUGUGCUAUAGCUCUGCUCCCUUCCUACGCUCUCUCCACACCGGUGCUUUCAGUGGUCAGUCUGUCUGCCAGUCCCUGGAGCAACCCAACAUAGUUACUGGACUUCCAGCUGCAGUACUGAACCAGUGCGAGGUCCACCGCAUCGCCGCUGUUGUGUAUCAGUGUUACAGUGAUGUCACUGGCCCUGACUCUGUCGCCAUGGAGACCUACAAACCUGCACUAACCAAGCUCAGCAAGUCAAUACAGUUCGACCCGUCUCCAAGCACAGACGUCCUCCGCAAGUUUGCCAGAACCACCAACAUUCAGAGUAAUCUUUAUAUCUGACCAUGUCCAUGUUGCACACAUUUAAUUAUAGUCAUUUUUUUAAAUAAAGAAAUUAAGUAAA